UCCUGGCGGUGCGGGCGCGCGCGGCCUCGGCGGCGUCCGGAAGCCUCGGCCGAGCUGAGUGUGUGUUUGUGUGUGUCUGUGCGUGUGUCUGUGCGGGGCAGAGCUCCGGGCUGGGCAGCCCGGGCGGCGGCAAGGCAACAUGUCGGUGGCCGGCCUGAAGAAACAGUUCUACAAGGCGAGCCAGCUGGUCAGUGAGAAGGUUGGCGGCGCCGAGGGCACCAAGCUGGACGAUGACUUCAAAGAGAUGGAGAAGAAGGUGGACAUUACCAGCAAGGCCGUGACGGAGGUGCUGGCCAGGACCAUCGAGUACCUGCAGCCCAACCCAGCCUCGCGGGCCAAGCUGACCAUGCUCAACACGGUGUCCAAGAUCCGGGGCCAGGUGAAGAACCCCGGCUACCCGCAGCCCGAGGGCCUCCUGGGCGAGUGCAUGACCCGCCAUGGCAAGGAGCUGGGCGGCGAGUCCAACUUCGGUGAUGCCCUGCUGGACGCGGGCGAGUCCAUGAGGCGCCUGGCAGAGGUGAAGGACUCGCUGGACAUCGAGGUCAAGCAGAACUUCAUCGACCCGCUGCAGAACCUCUGCGACAAGGACCUGAAGGAGAUCCAGCACCACCUGAAGAAACUGGAGGGCCGCCGCCUGGACUUCGACUACAAGAAGAAGCGGCAGGGCAAGAUCGCCGACGAGGAGCUGCGCCAGGCGCUGGAGAAGUUCGAGGAGUCCAAGGAGGUGGCCGAGACGAGCAUGCACAACCUGCUCGAGACCGACGUGGAGCAGGUGAGCCAGCUCUCGGCCCUGGUGGACGCACAGCUGGACUACCACCGGCAGGCCGUGCAGAUCCUGGACGAGCUGGCCGACAAGCUCAAGCGCAGGAUGCGUGAGGCGUCUUCGCGCCCGAAGCGGGAAUACAGGCCCAAGCCACGAGAGCCCUUGGAGCUCGGGGAGCCUGAGCAGUCCAACGGGGGCUUCCCCUGCGCCACGGCCCCCAAGAUCACAGCCUCGUCCUCCUUCCGCUCCUCAGACAACAAGCCCGUGCGGACCCCCAGCAGCAGGAGCAUGCCGCCCCUGGACCAGCCGAGCUGCAAGGCCCUGUACGACUUCGAGCCCGAGAACGACGGCGAGCUGGGCUUCCGCGAGGGCGACCUCAUCACGCUCACCAACCAGAUCGACGAGAACUGGUACGAGGGCAUGCUGCACGGCCAGUCCGGCUUCUUCCCACUCAGCUACGUGGAGGUGCUGGUGCCGCUGCCCCAGUGAGGCCCACGCCGGGGUGCCCGGGCCGCCGCGGGCCUGCCCACUCGGGGCCCACACGAAGGUGCUCUCAGAAACACUAAGGUUCCUCAGCCUCGAGGGACCGUGGACUCCGGGGCCAGCCUCUCCCCUCCCCACUGCUUCCCGGGGCCCUGACGGACAGGGUGACCGUGAGGUGAGACCCCCCGCCCCGGGCUUAGAACCCCUCCCUGCCCGUUGCUGGCAAUGGGCCCCGGCCCCCACUCCCACGCGCCCCAGCCUUGCACAAGCUGCCUGCUAGCUUGGAGCAGCCCGUGUCCACCCAACCCCCCACCACAGGCUCCCCGAAACCAGCACCCACCUCGUUGAGCACCGCUCAGCUUUUUAACCACCCCCACCUCAGGGGCUCUGCCCCAGCACAGCCACCCACACCGGGACCAUGCCCGCACAGCCACGGUCAGGCACCGAGGCCCUGCAGCCACGACCAAGGCAGGCAAGCUCACACACCCCGAGCUCUGCCCAGACCACCAGGGCCCCGACCCCUGCACCCACUCCCCUACAACCCGAUGUAAGGGGCACCUGAGGGCCCCUAGCCGCCCCUACGCACCGGAACCAGUCACUGCACUCGUGGCUGGGGCGGAAAGAUGUGCCCUGGUCUUUUUGUAAGAAAAAGUAUUAAAUGUUUCUUUCUACA